AUGGUAUCGGAGCCCGAAGCCGCGGCGCUCUUUGUACUCAGGCGGGAGUAUAGCAGGAACGGCUGCAGCGUUGAUGACAUUCACGUUGUCUGUGAUGCUGGAGGCGGAACCGUCGACUUGAUCUCGUACAAGGUCGCUAGCGUUGAGCCAGAGCUGCGCCUGGUCGAGGCUAAGCAAGGGUCAGGACAUCUGUGUGGAUCCAUGUUCCUCGAUCGAAUCUUUGAGAGGCACUUCCGGGAUCGUUUCGAAAACAAUCCUGAGUUUAAUGCAGACGCCGUAUCUUACGCACUCAGAGAAUGGAUCGAGGUCAAGCAGACAUUUGAUGGCAGUCCAGACAGACCCAGGACGAUACGUACAAUCAUCCGUUCGGACCCACGUGGAAUAGCGCGCAAUGUGUACCGUUUGCCGGUCAAUACACUCAAGAGACUUUUCCGCCCCGUGGUUUCGGAGGUCGUUAGACUUGUGCAAGAUCAAAUUAGGGACACCCCGGGCCGCGUCAAAUCAGUAAUCCUCGUAGGAGGUUUGGGCGAAAAUCCUUAUCUCCAGCAAUACCUUAGGGCUCACAUUGAGCCUGAGGUCAACAUUCCGGAGAACAGGUACGUGCCAGUGUUCAAUGACUCUGAUCCGUACGCAGCUGAUGGUCUCGGUAGUUGGUCAGCCGUGGUAAGAGGGGCUCUGAUCAAGGGACUUGUGGAGGCACAGUCGCUAGUGCCAACCGUCAUAUUCGACGAAAGACGAGCGCGCAGGCACUAUGGAACGACUGCCUGGGUACCAUUCGAUGCCAGUCAACACGAUGAAGCACCAGGUCGAGCGUAG